AAUGGCUGCCGGGUGCAGUGCGCCAUUAUAUUUACGACUCGAAUUGAGUACAAAGAAUCGCUCAUGACGAGCUUUCUUUAUCCCCUUUUUGGAUUGUUUACAAACUUAACAUUCUUUUCUUGCGUUUCUUGUAUUGCUAGACAGAAAGCUUCAUUCCAUUUGGGGCUUUCGGAGCUUUACUUAUGGAAUUAUGAAUCUGGACUCCCUGUCCUUUGCCUUGUCUCAAAUCAGUUAUUUAGUGGCAAAUUUGACGAAGAAAAAUUACAAGUCGAGCGUCGCAGAAAUCUCUCAUCUUGUUGCCCAGCACGGAGCUGAGGCUGAUCGGCAUCUGUUCAGGUGUCUAUUCUCCCACGUUGAUUUUGGUGGUGAUGGUAAAAGCAGUGGCAAAGACUUUCACCAAACACAAUUCUUGAUUCAAGAGUGUGCAUCGCUCACAUCCAAACCGAACUUCAUAUCGGCAUUGUGCUACGCAGUUGAUAGCCCGCUACAUCACCAGAAGAGCCUAAAGCCAACUGCUCAGCUCUUCUCCCAGAUCAGCAAGGUCCUACGCCUCACUCGCGUGCAGGAAGUCUUACUAGGCUUGGCCUUACUCAGCUCUCAGAUCCCUGAGACAAGGAAUUACGCUGCUCAAUUUGUGAAGCAGAAACUACCUGAUCUUCUCAGGUCUUAUAUAGAUUUAGACACAGCCAGUGUUCAAGAAGGAGGCCUCCAGGACACGGCUGUUGAGGUCGUCCACUUGUUAUUGACUCAGUUCCUGCAGAGACGGGACCAGUUUGGCAUUGGUACUGACCAAAAGGAAGCUUUUCUUAAGGCACUCAGAAAAGAUUUUCCUGUUGAUCGAGUUCCGAUUGUCCUUUUCCCGCUGCUUUACCCAGACAAACAAGACCCAGCGAUCCCAAGGAUUACAUUGGACGCUGUCAACAUGCCAAAAGCAAUGAAUGAGAGUUCAUUGGCUGAUAUGAUCGUAGAGGUUGGCUACAGUUGCACUGCCAGCAUUGAAGAAUGUCGUACGACGCUGGUGCAGUUUGGUGUACGAGAGAUCACCCCGGCCUCUAUAGCACGAGUUCUGGGACUGAUGGCCAAGACACCCUCUGGGUUAGGAGACCAAAUCAAUGUACAGUCGAUCAACCAACCCGGAGGGAGCAUCUGGGGAGAGUCCAAAGAGAAACAGGAUAAUGGCGGCCUGGCCACGUGGAACGUUGACGUGUUUGUACAGGUUGUUCAGGAUCUGGCUCCUCAUCUCAACUGGAAAGAGGUGGUGGGUGAGCUCGACCAUCCAGGCUUUGUGAUCCUGAGCAAGCAAGGAUUCCGACUGUUAGUCCAAGCUCUCUUCAGGGGCAUCCAGGAUAUCUUUCCCGUCGAGUUCAUCUACCGGCACUGGAAGAACUCGGAGGGACAACUCUCUUGGAUCACGCAGUCGUUGAAGUACCCUGAUGUGUUCUGUUUUGCGGAUUAUCAGUGUCAUACAGUUGUGAUAGACAUUUUGAAGAUGCCGCCUGAUGAUGAGAAUAGAGAGAUCGCAACUUGGAAAUCACUAGAUCUAGUUGAGACACUCCUGAGACUAUCAGAAGCUGGUCACUAUCAGUUGGUCUCCGAGCUUUUCAAGUUUCCGAUUCAACACUGCCCGGAUAUGUUGGUGCUAGCUUUGUUACAGAUCGCUCCUCAACCAAACUGGAACACACUGAAGCAUGAACUGAUCUCCACGCUGAUGCCAACUUUCCUCGGGAAUCACCAGAACUCGGCAAUAGUCUUACAUUAUGCUUGGCACUGCCAGGGCCAGUCGACAACGAUUCGGACACUGAUAAUGCAUUCCAUGGCUGAGUGGUACAUGCGAGGAGACCACCACGACCAGGUCAGACUCUCCAGGAUACUGGACGUGGCACAGGAUCUCAAGGCACUAUCCAUGUUGUUGAACGCCACGCCAUUUGCUUUUGUGAUCGACCUGGCGUGCCUCGCCUCCAGGAGGGAAUAUCUCAAACUGGACAAGUGGUUGGGUGAUAAGAUCAGAGAACAUGGGGAACCAUUCGUACAAUCAGUCGUCAAUUUCCUGAAGCGUCGCUGCCCUCAGGUAGUAGGUGGCGCUAUGAAGGAGGACCCACAGCAUCCACAAUCAAAGAACCAAUUACUACCAGCAGACACGUUUAACACGAUGUUGGCAUGUCUCCAGGCCUGCUGCAGCAGUCUCGUGGCUCCAGAGUUGACAGAUGCCAUCGUGACCAUGGUAGCUAAUGCUAACAUGAUGAUGAAGCAACGCCUGCCACCUCCGGGGGCGAUCGGUGCCAAACCAAUGAACCAAGGGAUGGGCAGUGCCAUCAAUAACCCGAUGGAUCAGCUUGGCCCUAAUGGUAACUUUGGCCUCGGCACCACCAUGCCCUCAUCAGUGUCAGCUCCCAACAUGCCCGGCUUCCCCCAAAGCCUUGGUCCCCUCAACACGACACCGGGAUCCCCAGCGAAGGGCCUGCCCUUCCCAGGUCAGUCCCAGGCCCAAGGACAGGCGCAGACAAGCUAUUCAAUGCAAUCUUUGGCCACACAAUCUUUGGCGACACAGUUACAAGGUCUCUCCAUGCAGACGACCAUGCCAAUGUCGACGCCAAUGAGCCGCUCGACUGCCUCCAGUGGGACGCCGUCCCUCGGUGCCCUCAGUGCCGCCGCUGCCAUGAAACAACAACAGCAACAACAGACACAGCAGACGGCCGACAGGCUGCGCCAAGGAGAGUCUGCAGCGGGUGACAUGUCGAGCAUCUUCCCCGAGAUGAACCAACAGUUCUCCAAGGAGAUCGAGGACGAGGCAAACUCGUAUUUCCAGCGCAUCUACAACCAUCCGCCGCAUCCGACCAUCUCGAUCGACGAGGUCCUCGACAUGUUGAAACGCUUCAAGGAUUCCUCUGACAGGAAAGAGAAGGUGGGCAUUAAGAAGGAGGUGUUCCAUUGUAUGCUGAGGAAUCUGUUUGAGGAAUACCGCUUCUUCCCCCAGUACCCAGACAAAGAACUCCACACGACUGCCGUACUGUUUGGCGGCAUCAUCGAACAGGGCCUAGUCACGUACAUGUCUCUGGGUAUAGCAUUACGGUUUGUGCUGGAAGCUCUGAAGAAACCGUACGGGGCUAAGAUGUACAACUUUGGCAUCGCUGCGUUGGAUCGUUUCAAGACGAGACUGAAGGAUUACCCACAGUAUUGCCAGCAUCUGGCAUCGAUACCACAUUUCAAUCAGUUCCCACCGCAUCUUAUUGAGUACGUACAGUGCGGUGCAAGGAGUCAGGAGCCGCCAAAUCGACCGCAAGGUCCGGCCACACCCAGCCAGAGCACACCAUCGCCACUCCCUGCUGCUUCGACCACACCAGUCACGACGUCUGCUGCUGCUGCGCCAAGUUCGACAACAUCAACGCAAGCUGCGAUCUCGAAAACGAUUGCAAAGCCGUCGAUUGCCAAUACAACGAAUAUCGACACGCUGAUUGCGGGUACGGAGGGGAAGGAGGAGAUAUGUGUACCACGGGAGGCAGUGCAGGAUAAAGUGUUCUUCAUCUUCAAUAAUCUCUCGCAGUCGAACAUGGCACAAAAGAGUGAGGAGUUGAAGGAAGCUAUGUCUGAGGAACACAUGCCGUGGGUUUCGCAAUACCUGGUCAUGAAGAGAGCGAGUAUUGAGCCUAACUUCCACACCCUCUACGCCAACUUCAUUGACCAUAUGCACAACAACUGGGGCAUUAUUGGUAUGGUCAUCAAGGAGACUUUUAGAAAUAUCAAGGUUUUACUUCGAAGUGACAAGGGCGUGGCUAACUUCUCCGACAGAUCACUGCUGAAGAAUCUUGGUCAUUGGCUCGGCUUGUUGACGUUGGGCAAAAACAAGCCGAUCUUACACAUUGAUAUUGACCUAAAGUCGCUUGUUUACGAAGCCUACCACAAGGGGGCACAGGAGUUACUGUAUGUAGUGCCCUUUGUUGCCAAAGUCGUUGAAUCAUGUGCUAAAAGUAAGGUCUUCAAGCCUCCUAACCCAUGGACCAUGGGCAUUAUGAAUAUACUGUACGAACUGCACCAGGAGCCAGACCUCAAGUUGAACCUGAAGUUUGAGAUUGAGGUCUUAUGCAAGGCGCUUAACUUAGACAUCAAUUCGCUAAAGAAUCCACGCUAUCUACGCAAUCGUGACAAGCUAGCGACGUUAGAGUACCAGCUCUCCUCGCGAGGCAAGAUCAAAGAGCCCACGCCAACUCUCCAGGAGGACAACCAGGCAGCAGCACAGACAGCUGCCCUUGUGGCGGCCGCAGCUGCUGCAGCGACAGCAGCCGGUGCUCAGCAGUCAUCGCUCCUACCACCGUCAGGUCUGAUGCCUCCGUCGGGAACCAACAGCUUCUCAGCGGGACUGAACGCGUCCCUUGUCGCAUCGGGAAUGGCCGGCAACAUCGCUGGUAACAUGAACCUCUCCGCCGGCGGAAUGAUGACGGCAAUCACGACCCCGACUGUCUCCACGGUGGUCUCGAGCUCUGGCGUGGCAACGACAACAACAUCCGCAUCAGCGACGGCACCGCCACAGCCUCAGUUCACGUUCAUGGACAUCAAUACGUCAUCGUUUACCGGGCUCGUUCCUCAUAUUGUGAUAAACGAACAAAUCGCACUAUUCCAGACCAACCCACAGUUGAAGCAAUAUGUCCGCCCAGCAAUUGAGCGUUCGGUCCAAGACCUCCUCCCACCAGUUGUGGAGAGAUCGAUCAAAAUCGCUCUGACCACCUGUGAGCAGAUUGUCAAAAAGGAUUUCGCCCUGGACCCCGAAGAGGGCCGUAUGAGAAUGGCUGCCCACCACAUGGUCCGCAACAUGACCGCCGGCAUGGCUUUGAUCACAUGUCGGGAGCCAUUGCUCAUUAGCAUAACAACCAAUCUAAAGACUGCUUUCUUGCAGACUUUUAGGGUAGGUGAAAGUCAGAAUGCCACCCCGCCCCAGAAGGAGAUGAUUGAGCAGGCAAGCCAGGUGUUGGCCACGGAUAACACAGAACUGGCCUGUGCCUUCAUCCAGAAGACCGCAGUGGAGAAGGCACUGCCGGAGAUGGACAAGAGACUCGCCACAGAGUUCGAGCUGCGUAAACAUGCGAGAAAUGAAGGCAGACGAUAUUGUGAUCCUGUUGUGUUGACGUACCAGGCCGAGAGGAUGCCUGAGCAGAUCAGACUGAAGGUUGGCGGCGUUACCCCACAGCAGCUCGCUGUAUAUGAAGAGUUCGGCCGCAACAUUCCCGGCUUCUUGCCAACAGGUGGCGCCUCAUCAUCAGAUGCGCAGCAUCCGGCAUUCUUCAAACAGUUGCCACCGCAACAGCAGCCUCAACAGCCACAGGCUCCUCAGUCAUUCUCCACUGAUGAGAUCACACAAAUCUACGACAAGAUAGCUCACGAUAUUGAGCAGUACCUGCUGUCACAGUACGCCAUAUCCCAGCAGCAGUCUCCACUCCUGCAGUCUCUUGCUAGUCUGCUGGAGGCGGUCCUCCUGGCAAGGAACUCGAGGGAGAUUGUCACAGCAAUUGCGCUGCUACAGAAGGCUGUAGAAGGACUACUAGAUGGCAUCUCCUCGCUGACGCCAGCCUCGGAUCCUGAGGCAAUGAUCCGAUACCGCGACUGCCACCUCCUGGUGCUGCGAGGCCUCCAAGACCAGCGAGCGUACGGACCGCAGUGGACCAACAAGCAAGUGACGCGAUGUCUGAUCGAGUGUCGCGAAGACUUCAAGUAUAACGUGGAGGCUGUGGAUGUCUUGAUCCGUAGUCACCUUGUCAACAUGCAACAGUAUGAUGUUCAUUUUGCACAGUCGAUGGACAAUGGAUUGAACUACAUGGCCGUCGCGUUCGCCAUGCAGCUCGUCCAGAGAUUCUGCAUCGAUGAGAAACACAACACCCAGAUUAACGAGGCAGACUUGUACAACACGAUUGAGACGCUGGCUCGCAUUGCCGCUCAUUCCAGACAAGCACCUGACGGACUGACUGGUCUCAUCGAGACAAUCAGACAGCAUAACGAUGGUGGUCUCCUCGAUCGAGCCCCUGGUGGCCCGACGUUACACUCGGGCAUCUCCCAGGCGCGCGAGUUCGAUGAUCCACCAGGCCUGCAUGAGAAGACAGAGUUCCUGCUAAGGGAGUGGGUCAACAUGUACCACUCUCCUGCUGCUGGGAGAGACAGCACUAAGGCUUUCUCCGCUUUCGUCGGCCAGAUGCACCAGCAAGGCAUCCUCAAGUCCGACGACCUUAUCGCACGUUUCUUCCGCCUCUGCACGGAGAUGUGCGUCGACCUGUGCUAUCGUGCCUUGGGCGAGCAGACACACAGCGCCACGCUGAUCCGCGCCAAAUGUUUCCACACUCUGGAUGCCUUUGUGCGUCUAAUCGCUCUCCUGGUGAAACAUUCCGGCGACGCAGCCAACCCGGUCACGAAGAUCAACCUUCUCAAUAAAGUGGGUCGAGCGGCGGCAAUUGUGCUUGGUAUUGUGGCGGGCGUCCUCCUGCAGGAUCAUGAAGUGAGGAACACCGAGUUCCAGCAGUUGCCUUACCAUAGGAUAUUCAUCAUGCUCUUCAUUGAACUAAACGCGCCAGAGUUGGUCUUGGACAGCAUCAAUUUCCAGAUUCUGACUGCAUUUUGCAAUACCCUUCAUAUCUUGAGACCAGCAAAGGCACCAGGUUUCUCCUACGCCUGGCUCGAGUUGGUGUCUCACCGAGUAUUCAUUGGACGUAUGUUGGCAAUCACUCCGGCACAGAGGGGUUGGGGCAUGUAUGCUCAACUUCUGAUAGACUUGUUCAAGUUCUUGGCCCCAUUCUUGAGGAACGCCGACCUGACCAAGCCGACACAGUUACUCUACAGGGGUACGCUGCGAGUCCUUUUGGUGCUGCUACACGACUUCCCAGAAUUCCUCUGUGAUUAUCACUACGCGUUCUGCGACGCGAUUCCACCCAACUGUAUUCAAGUGCGUAACCUGAUCUUGAGUGCUUUCCCACGCAACAUGCGGCUGCCCGAUCCGUUCACACCCAACCUCAAAGUCGACAUGUUGAAUGAGAUCACACAUGCGCCGAGGAUCUUGACGAAUUUCACCAACAUGAUUCAACCGCCUACAUUCAAGAAGGAUCUCGAUUCCUACCUGAAGACACGCUCCCCAGUCACAUUCUUGUCAGAUCUGCGCAGCAACCUCCAAGUGGGGAGCGAGCCUGGUAACCGAUACAACAUCCAGCUGAUCAACGCCCUGGUGCUGUAUGUGGGCACACAAGCUAUCGCCUACAUCCAGCAGAAGUCGCUGACUCCGAGCAUGACGACGAUAGCUCACUCGUCACAUAUGGAUAUCUUCCAGAACUUGGCAGUUGAUCUUGACUCGGAAGGCCGCUACUUAUUCUUGAAUGCCAUCGCCAACCAGCUGCGGUACCCGAACAGCCAUACGCACUACUUCAGCUGUACCCUGCUGUAUCUGUUCGCGGAGGCAAACACCGAGGCAAUACAGGAACAGAUCACUAGAGUGUUACUAGAGCGGCUGAUAGUGAACCGACCCCACCCAUGGGGCCUGUUAAUCACCUUCAUUGAGCUCAUCAAGAACCCACAGUUCCGAUUCUGGAAUCAUGAGUUCGUUCAUUGCGCCCCAGAAAUUGAAACAAUCUGUCUCGGGGCCACACGUGAAAUCGCAGGCAAAAUGGAAAUGGAAUCUCGAGCUUAGUCAUAAAGUUGUUCGAGUCAGUGGCAAGGAGCUGCACCAAGACACAUCGAGAUGAUGUCAAUGAAACGCAUUUUGACGUCCCCAAGAUUUGAAAGCGCACCGAGCACAACUGUUGGAGUAGAUUUCGUUUUCACAUACAUGUUUUCGUGAAAUUUAUUUGUAAAUAUGGAAGAGAGUUCCGUCUACUGUUCAUGUAUAUUGAUAAUUAUCAUCAAAUGCAUCUGUAAAUUAAGAGGAAAGAGUAAUUAUACUGUUCUUAGAUGGGCUAAGUUUAUCUUUAAUGUAACUUGGAAAAUUUCAUCCUGGUUGCAUGGGCCUUUGACCUUUGUGGACAUUUGACAAGGUCAGGGUCACUGAUGCUCCUGUUUCUAGAGAUGAUGUUAUUGCUGUAUUCAGUGUGGUAAUUCUAAAAUUCUGAUUGCUUUGGGAAAUAGCACUCCCCCCUUGACUCCAACCCUGGGGCCAGUGGAGGAGUGCCCGAUCUUUCAAACAAUCAUGAAAUAAAGUUGGCUCCCAGCUUGCCGAGUUAGAAGUCCUCAUCAGAUGAGACAUAUUUUACCAACUUCUUAUGGACAACCUUCUCCUUUCUCGAGGUGGCAUAUGGCAGCCAGUUUAGUUAGUUGAGGCUUAUCAGGUUCAUGCCCUUGUCAGUGGUUUAUAUCAACCAGUUUCAGUAUUUUGUGAUUGGUCAGGGGAAUUUAUGAAAACUUGAAUUGAUGGUCUAUCAUUUUCAGAGGAUAAUUUAUCACAAUAUUUCUUAUCUUAAAAUGAUAAGUUACCAACUGAGAUAUCUGCAAGUAGACAGCGACAUGAGAAUUAUCUUCUAAAAAAAUACCUACUUCAGAUGUUGAUACCAGGACGAGGUGGCAUUUUUCACAAAGGAUAUCGUCAUGUUUCAUGUCAGAAAUGCAAUACAACAUUUUGUCUUGAAUUUCUGGUAUGCCCAGAAACAAAUGAACAUCAUGAUGACAUCAACCAGAGAAAAAAAAAAAAAUUGUUCUUGGUUCGAUGGGAAAAGUUCCACCUAUCAUAAAACCCCGUGUUUUUUCAAGACCCGUGUCUUCGCCGUGUGUCAAAAAACCUGGGGCGCACUUACACCUAUCAGUGGUGUUAGAUAAUGGUUAAUAGCCCCGGCGACAGGUGCGCUGUAGGUAAGGAGCUCUCCUGUGUUUCUUUCCCGUUGGAGGGGAAUUUCGCGUGCGCAAUACCGAGGCAACUACACCGCGCCAUCUGUCGCCGGGUCUUAGAACUUGCAAUUGCCGGGGCUAUUCAGAUUCCACCUAUCAAAAAACCCGUGUUGAAUACGGGUCUAAAUUAGCCCCCGAUUAGCCCCAUCAAGCUCGAUGGGGCAGAUAGACACAGGGAUUUGACACAAGGGUCUAUUUAGACACGGCAAUUCAUAGGUGUAAGCGCAAAAGACACGGGGAUUUGAUAGGUGGAAGUACGACUAAUAUCUAAACCUUUCUAUUGUCACACGAUUUACUGGAGCAAACUUACUUGACUUACAUGUAGGAUCUACAUGUAGUGCGUGAGUUUUGUGUCCUGCCUUAAAUUACUGAUGGUAUCGUGUCGUUGUCCUUGUAUCCUUAAUAUAGAUUUGGCGAGGUUGGUCACCUGACAUUAUGUUAUUGGUUGUAAGUUAAGUGAAUUAUUAAUAUUAUGUAUUAAUUGUAAUGUACAGAAAGAAAUUUCAGCGAGAAGUUUUGUAAUAAUGUACAUUAGUAGCUUAGAGGCAUCGCAGUGAUGCAGCUUCUUGAUACGAUCCAGGUUUCUUAGUCACCCUUGGCCCCAGGGUACUACAUCUUGUGCAAUAUGCUGUUGAUUGGGUACUGGUGCAGGAUCCUGGUGACGAGGUGUCUUCUGGAGUCGAGACAGUGGAGUCCAAAGGUUCGUAGGGAGAGCGUGUUUCAGGAAAUAUUGCUUCAAUUGCGUGCCCUGGUGUUGUUUUAGUGCCACUUGUAAAGUGAAUGAUCACCGUUGGUAUAGCAAUGAAGCAGCUAUCAUCCGAGGCUAUGCCCUCUUUACACGCCCCGUUCGUUGGUUUCUCCCUUAUGAUCAUUGGUAAGAAAGCAAUUUUUAGUCCGAGAACGUCCAACGAAAGCAGCCAUGUGUUCAAGGUACCCUUUGGUUGCCCAUGGGAGUUGCGGCGUACUUUAAAUUUGUAACUCAUUUUCACUCAAGUUUGCCUUGGUCAUAAGGGGUCAAGACUGUUUGGUUUGGUUUGGCCAAUAUGACUGGUCUCAGUUGGUCAAAGGAGAGGCGUGACUCCACUCUGUACAGAUGAUAGCUUUAUAUGCCCAAUGGUUACUGGAUUUGUAUGUAUUUUAGCUAAUAAAAGUCAUUGUUUGAGCAUUAUGAA